GUGUGUGUGUGUGUGUGUGUUUGCCUGCGUGUGCUGUGCCAACCGCGCAGACUCCUAUAUCACAUGACAUAGCUGGGCCUAUUGGAGCCAAGGUUGUUGUCUAAUUUUUAGGGUUAGGCUACUUUUAAUUCUCAGGUUUCUUUUCUGCCGUUUUCAUUUAUUUAAGUAUUCUUUUGUUGGUUGAAGACAAGACGGUGUAUAACAAACAUCAAGUUUAUUACAGUCAUGGCUGUAAAUCCUCAUUCCCUAAGAAGUCAGGCCACUCGGAGCCCUGAGCGGAUCCUGCGAGAGAUCCAGAGCAACUUGCUGGAGUGCAAGGUGUGCUUUGAGAUAUUCAAUCCAGCAGGGCAGAGUGAGCGCAGACCCCAGAACCUUCCCUGCGGCCAUGUGCUCUGCCUGGACUGCAUCGGUGCUCUUUCCCACCCCGUGCUGAAGAAGCUGGAGUGCCCAUUUUGUCGACAGCUGUGCGAUGUUGACAGCACCUCCCACUGCCACGCCCUCGGCGACCUGCAGGAGCUGCUGUUGAACAGUAAAGUUGGUGUUCCAAGCUACGGAGCGAAAGCCCUUCAUGUCUUUGGAUCUCUGCAGCUCUGCUCUGCCUUUGGUGGCUGGGGAACACUGUUUAACCCCACUGGGAUUGCUGUGCUUGGGACCUCUGGGACCAUGGUGGUGGUGCAUGAUGGAGACACGCGGUUGGUGGUGUUUGGCCCCCAAGGGAGGAGGCUACAUGGCUUUGGGCGGAGGGGGGACAUAUGUUACCCACUGGACGUGGCCGUGACUCCCAAUGGUCACGUGGUGGUGACGGACGCAGGAGACAAGUCUCUGAAAGUGUUCACCUCCAGGGGGUGUCACGUGUUGACACUCACAGACGUGUUCCAGCUGCCCUGGGGCGUGGAUGUAGACAUGCGUGGGAACAUUCUGGUCUCAGAUUCCCAGACUGGCAUCCUCUCCCGGGUCACUCUGGACUGUGUUCUUGGUGUCAUCUUGGAUCAUCAGACGCCCAUCACUGAUCUGGAGCAUCCCAGAGCGGUGGCCUGUUGUCAGGUGACGGGGGCCACCGCAGUGGUAGAGCAUCUGCUUUUUGAUGAGUCACACCCCACUUGGAACCACCGGCCUGCCAGACUCAGAGUGUAUGACCAAUACUUCAGCCUCCUCUAUCAGAAAGACAGCUUCAGCCUCAGCCUCGGGUCCACGGCCUGGCUGUGCAUGUCCGCAGUGGCUUUCGAAGGAGAUGGAAAUGUGAUUAUUAUUGACUCCAAGCAGGCAAUGAUUUGGAAGCUGCAUAAGGGCAAUAAGCUAACUCCCCUUAUUAGCGAAAACCUUGUGCGGCCAGUUGGGCUUAUUUGUACAGCCAAGGAUAGCACACUAACCGUUUUGGACAGUGGAGACCAUGCUGUGAAGAUUUAUUCUUUUAGAUAAUAUGAAAUGCAUUAAUAUCAAAAAUAAUGUUUGGUAGUAUUGAGGGAAAACAUGAAUAAAAUGUGUUUUAACCUACAUUAAAUCGAUGAGGAAAGUGAUGUUUGCUUAAAAUUAUAAUCCGGUGUACCAUGUAUUUUGGUUAUUCAUUAAAAUUUGACAUAUCUCAAAAGAAUAACUAAUAACGA